AUGGAAGAAAAUAUUUACGGUGCAGAAACUGAGCAGACGAUAGCAGAGCAGCUGAGUAGCUUGAACCAGGUUUUGGGUGGUGGUGAUGAUGGUGGUGGAGACAGCGGGAAUACUGAGGAUACUGGGGAUCUACAGGCACAGGAAUUGAUGCCGACAACGGAACAGCCACAGCCACACGAUCACGACCAGCCUCCUUUCCUCCGCGACGAUAAAGACGAUGGCACUGACAGCGCUAGCACUUACAAGGAGGCUGAGCAGAGUUUGCAGGAUACGACUGGAAUGGCGGAAUCGAGUGACGUGAGUGGUGUAGCAGAUGAAACUGCUCCUGGACUGGACGUGGGUGUGGUGGCAGAUUCAGACGCAAACGCAGCCACCGCCGCGGCACAAUCACAGUCACAGUCACAGACACCUACAGCACCAACCGCAGCAACCACCACUACCACCUCUCAAAUACCCCCACUCGCCAUCCCAAAAAACAGAAAAGAAAGCCUGGAAAUGCAACUAAAGAGCGACCCACGCGAUGCUGACGGAUGGCUUGAAUUGAUUGCCCACCUCGACUCACUCGGUCGCAAUCUCGUUGGCGAUGAGUUGGAAGCGUGGUGGAGUGAGUACACAAGCGUAUACGAUGCCUUUUUCAAAAUCUGGCCCUGUGCUGUGAAGCAAUGGCAGGCUUACAUUGACAAAUGUCUCAGUCUCACGCCACCGCGGAUGAAAAAGGUGGAAGAAAUCUUCAGCAAGGCGCUUAAACAGACGCCUUCGCCCGAUUUCUGGUCCUCGUAUCUCAACUACAUACGCCGCAACAACGACGGCGGCGAGGGGAGGCAGGUGGUAGUGAAAGCUUACGAGUUUGCCAUCUCUCACGUGGGUCAGGAUAAGGAUUCCGGGGAGAUCUGGCUGGCCUAUAUAAGGUUUCUCAAGGACGGCGCUGCUACCAACACGUGGGAGGAGCAGCAGCGUAUGGAUGCGCUCAGAAGGACGUACCAGCGCGCAGUCGUGAUACCGAUCCAGAAUCUCGAAGCGAUUUGGCGUGAGUGGGAUGCAUUUGAGGGGUCGCUCAACAAAGUCACGGCUAAGAAAUUCCUCGCGGAUAAAUCGCCCGCGUACAUGACAGCGCGGUCUGCACUACGUGAAAUGCGUAGUCUGGUAGAUGCUCCUGUGAAUCUGUUCCACAUGGACGGUACGCUCGCGCGGCGCCCGAGCUGGACGGAGCGGGAGAGGCAAGUAGUGGGAGCGUGGAAGCGGUAUCUGGCAUGGGAGGAGGGCAAUCCGUUGGAGCUAGAGGAUGAGGCAGCGCGCCACAGUCGUGUGUCGUAUGCAUUCAAGAAAGCACUCGUGUACAUGCGCUUCUAUCCGGAGAUAUGGUACCGGGCGUACAUCGCACACAGGAGCAUGGGGCGCGACGAAGAGGCAUUUAGUCUGCUCAAGCAGGGCAGCGAGGCUGUACCUGAGAGCUAUUUGCUCUCCUUCGCCCGUGCCGAGGCGGAGGAAUUGGCGCAAAAUUACAGAGAAGCACACGCGGUCCUCCACCGUCUCCUCGCAUGCGUCGUCGCUCACGCUCAAGCUAUCGAGACUGGUAUUCUUCGCCAGCAAGCCGAACUUGACGCUCAGUUGCCGAGUAUCGAGCAGCAGGCGAAUGCUGCACAGGCCGCAGGCGAGAAUGAGGGCGAGGUGCGCGAGAAGAGGCGCAUAGCAGAGGGCGAAAUUACUAGUAAGAAGGAGGCUGUAGCCAAGUCCAAAGCGAAGGACCUCGACGAGCUUUGCAAAGGUGCAGGUCUGACGUGGGUGAUGAAAAUGCGCUUAGCGAGGAGAUCAGAGGGGAUCAAAGCUGCGCGUGUGGUUUUCAAAGAAGCGCGUACCUCGCCCUAUUGCACUUGGCAGGUGUUUGAAGCAGGCGCUAUGAUGGAGUACCACAGCUCGAAAGACGCAUCGGUAGCAACGAAGAUAUUCGAGCUCGGGCUGAAGCGUUUCGCUGGGGAGAUAGACUAUGUGCUCAAGUAUCUCGAUUUCCUCAUUAGUAUCAACGACGAAGGGAAUGCACGCGCGCUGUUUGAACGGAUAGCGCCGGGGAUGGGUGCUGAGAAAGCACGGCCAUUGUGGACGCGAUGGGCAUCGUACGAGUACAUGUACAGCGAUCUUCCAAGUGCACUCAAACUGGAGCAGCGCCUCGCAGACACAUUCCCAGAAGAGCAACCCAUACGACGCUUUGCGGAGAGACACUCGCACCAGCGUGUUGAUAAAAUCGCUACUACAGACCUCGGAUACGGCGUCAAGGCACCGACAGCACCGAGGAUGGGCGACAACGCGAGUGGUGGCGGGAAGCGUGAGCGUGAGCGUGAACGUACUCAGCCGGUGGAUCUCGAGGAAGAGCGGAACAAACGCCUGAAGCGUGAUGUUGGAGGUGAGAGAGAAGGCGGUAGAAAUAGUAUCACUAGCAACAACAGCAACAACAACAGCAACAACAAUGUUAAUAGCAAAUCAAGACAGUCGCAGCAAUUGCCUUUGCCACCUCAUCGCAAUCAGCGGAAUUCACCUGCUCAAGGGGUGCAGAUUGGUGGAGCACCAAUACAUUUAGGCAGUGGUAGAGGAGUGGGUGGAAUGGGUGGAAUAGGUGGAAUAGCACCACCAACAGCACCCAGACAGGUAAAGGAUCCACUGGGAUUGGUGCUGCAGAUGCUACCACAGGCGCGGUAUUUCGACGGACCGAUAAUCAACACGGAGGAUAUCUUGUUCGCGUUCCGUAAUUUGCAGUUGCCGUAG